CAUGCCUUGAACUGCCACAGGAUGAAACCUGCACUUUUCAGUGUGCUCUGUGAAAUCAAGGAGAAAACAGUGUUAAGUAUUCGUGGUAUUCAGGAAGAAGAUCCCCCAGAUGCUCAACUAAUGAGACUAGAUAACAUGUUGCUGGCCGAGGGUGUCUCCGGGCCGGAGAAAAGAGGAAGAGGAGGAGGACCAAUGGCUGUAGCAGCAACAUCAGGUGGCUGUCCAAAUGACAAUAGCAUUGAACACUCUGACUACAGGGCCAAGCUGUCACAGAUCCGACAGAUUUACCACUCUGAGCUAGAGAAAUAUGAACAGGCCUGCAGUGAGUUCACCACCCAUGUGAUGAACCUGCUGAGAGAGCAGAGCAGAACCCGGCCCAUUUCUCCCAAGGAAAUCGAGCGGAUGGUGAACAUCAUCCAUGGCAAGUUCAGCACCAUCCAGAUGCAGCUGAAGCAGAGCACGUGUGAGGCCGUGAUGAUCCUGAGGUCACGUUUCCUCGAUGCCAGGCGUAAACGACGUAACUUCAGCAAACAGGCCACGGAGGUGCUGAAUGAGUAUUUUUAUUCCCAUCUGAGCAAUCCUUACCCCAGUGAAGAGGCCAAAGAAGAGCUUGCAAAGAAAGGUGGCAUCACAGUUUCACAGGUUUCCAACUGGUUUGGUAACAAGAGAAUUCGAUACAAAAAGAACAUGGGGAAGUUCCAAGAAGAAGCCAAUAUUUACGCCGCAAAAACGGCCGUGGAUGCAACUAAUGUGGUGGCUCAAACCAACCAGGCAAACUCUCCAUCAACUCCAAAUUCAGCUUCCUCUGGCUCUUUUAAGAUGACAAAUUCUGGAGAUUCCUUUAUAAACUUGCAGUCCUUGACUUCCUACCAGAGCUCCCCAGUGGGAGCCAAUGUGCAGUCCCAGGUCAGCAGAAUUUAUUCCCUGCAGGUAAGUUCUUCAAGGUGUAAUGAAAUGAUGUGUUUGUUCUCCCCCCAGGCGAAUGGCAGCUGGCAGGAUGCUACCACCCCUUCAUCAAUCACUUCACCUGCUGGAGACCCUGGAAGUGUUAAUUCAGAUGCGUCUAAUUAA